GAGAAUUUUAAUAGAAUGUUCAUUUACAGAAUGUGGACCACAAGAUGAAGUUUCGGUCAAAAAAGGGUCUGCUCCCUUUUGUUGAGCUCAAUGGUGAGGAGAUUGCAGACAGUGCUAUUAUCCUUAAAGAACUGGGUCAGCGGUUCGAGAAGGACUUGGAUGCAGGCCUCAACAAUGACCAAAAGAAUGUCUCACAUGCAAUGAUAUCCAUGAUUGAGAACCAUCUGGUGUGGGUGGUGGCAUGGUGGAGGACCAAGUAUCCAGAGAAUGUCAUCAAGGGCUAUAAGAUGAAUCUCCAGCACGCCUUGGGCACCAGGAUCCCCAAUGGAAUACUCAAUUUCUUCUUCAAGUAUACAUUUGCCCGUAAGGGUGCCAAGAAGGUAAAAGCACAAGGUAUGGGUGUGCACAAACCGGAGGAAAUCAUAGAGUUUGGCCAGAAUGACCUCAAGGUUCUGUCCGACAUGCUGGCUGACAAGCCAUUCUUUUUUGGUGAUGAACCCACUAUAUUGGACAUUGUGGCAUUUGCUAGCCUGGCACAGGUGUACUUUAUUGACAAGGAGGUACAGUACUCACUAAGGGACUACAUGCAGGAGAGCUGUCCCAAUCUGGUGGGACAUGUGAACAGAAUGAAAGAGAGGUGUUUCCCUGACUGGGAGGACAUCUGCAAGACACUGGACCUCAAUUCUCAUUUGCCCAAACCACCCCUAGAGGAGAAAGAGAACAAGGAGGAGAAAAAGAAGGAGAAGGAAGAGAAAGAAGGUGACAAGGAGAUCGAAAAAGAGAUGGCAAAGGACUUUGAAAAGGUGAUUGAAAAGUCUGAAAAGGAGGAAAAGGAAGUGGAGAAGGAUGUGGAAGAGAACAAACAGAAAGAGGAGAAGGAGACAAAGUGAAGUUGUCUGCCCCCUUGCUGUGGUGGUGCUGUACACUUUUGAGUUCAUUCUGGUGCAAAACAAUGAAGAAAAGAAAUUACAAACACGUUUUAUAUAAGCAUUUUUGAAAUAAUGAAAUUUUGAGGGUUAUUUGUGUAGCUUUUUGUAAAAAAGACAAAAAUGAAUGAAUUUCUUAUGUCUACAUGUCUCGAUUAGAACAAUUUGAUGGUUGUUUCCCCAUUUGAACUUUUUGCGAGGUGUCCAUCAUUCCACUUUGCCUUCUCAAUGUAAUGCGACGCGGACGACACCAGGUAGCCUGUGUUGUACCCACCCAUCCCUGUCCGUGUUAGCUUGAUUUGUGUGUUAACAUCAAUAUGAAUUGUUCACUAGGUGUAAGAAAGCAGUUUAUUUUGAGAGCUGUACAGAAGCGAGUGGGGAUUGUCUGGGACCAGCAUACAGACUGCCAGCUGGAGGAGCCAUGUUCCCGCAACCACUGACAGUGCUGGGAACUGGAACAUGGUUCACAUCACUGACCCCACAAUUGUUCAAGGCAGCUGACAAUUUUAAGAGAAAAAUUAUAUAUACAGAAAUGAGGAAGCUGUUGUCUGCUGUCAGUGCACUUCCCCCUACAGAUCACUUGGCUUGUUUUUAUUGCUAGUGUAGGCAUAGUUGUAUACUUACUGAGAUUUUAUUGAUUAAGAGAAAUAGGAAAAUGUCACAUGAAUUGUGAUGUAAAAAUACAUAUGGCAUGACAUAGUAUGAGAGAAGUUAUUAUAAUAAAAUGUAUGAUAUAUAUGUUUUAUCGUGACUGUUGCCGCCACCGAUGUCGGAAAUGCAUAUCAAGGACUGUCCGACCACAAUACUCAACGGCACGCCCGUAAUAAUUACUAUAUAUUGGCUUCUUUUUGCUUUGUAAGCUGUAAUUAAAAGAAUUGCCCAAUAAAGAUGAAAUAUCUUGAUUUAA